AUGUCCGCUGUCUCACCGCCCGGGCAUCUUUCCGAAGUGCUUCGUUUUUUGUCGUCUACCCGUCGCGCUCAGGUGCAGCACAAUGUGCAGGCGUACAACGCUUUUCACUCGUCCUUUUACAACUUCCUUAGCGUAUCGAAGGACAACGGCGAGUCGUUCGUUGCGGCGGCUACGAAUACGAGGUCGACCACCACCAUCGUCGUCAGCACUGAACUUCCCACAGCUAUCUCGCUAAACGUCACAUGCACUGAAGCAAAAAAUGCACCCUACCUGAAGGCAUCUCCGUUGGCAAGGCAGAGCUCGUCGGCUGUAUCAGGGACCCCGUACGUUGAAGUCAACGCGAACAAAAAAUGCAAAGAGACGCUUCACCCGCAACAUCGCUCCCCGCCGCCUCCGCUUUCAAGCGACGAUGCCCCGCUGGCGAUCCAGCGCACCGCCACAUUCUGUGAUUUGCCAUCAAAAAAGUCGCCAUCGACGCGUAGCGCAGCAGACAGUGUAGAUGAGUUGAAUGCCUCCAUCGGAAGCAUCGAGCUUCCGGCGGAGCAGCAGCCCGACGGCGAAUUCCUCAGCCCCUCGAUUCGGCAGGAGCUGAUAUCCUCGUCGAAUGUGGCGUUUGUGAGUUCGGAGUGGUCGUUCCGCGCCGAGCGUGCGGCGGGCAAACCGAAAGCGUUGAGUGGUUUUGCGAAGCCACCGACACUCAAUGCCGUCGGUGCCAAGACCGGAAAGGGAGACACGAACGAGUUCUCGCACAGUGCCAGCUGCGGUGCAUCCUUUUCCGCCCCGCGCCGCAUCUUCAUAGUGGAGCCGAUGCCAAUGGAAGAAGCGCAGGGCUCCGCCGUGACGCCGGUGUCCGGGCAGUGCUGUUCUCAGGUGUUUCAGGAUGAGGGAAGUUUGCCGACGUUUCCCGGGAUGCGCCGCGUGUCGCUGCGCCGUCCUGUCUUUGAGGAAGACGAUGACUACAGCUGA